AUGACAAAAUUCCUUCACAUCCUCAUCAAAUUAGCAUCAAUAAUCCACUUAAUUCUUGAAAUUAAAUCACAAAUCGCACGAUGUGACUAUCUUUACCAAAACCAUUGGACAAUUGGCUAUAAAGCAACAAAUGCUUCAUACUAUAAAUGCGAUUUGGACACAAGACAAUCAAAUUAUUAUCAAAAUAUCAUCAGAAUCGAUGGACAGCAUAAAGCACGACAUAAAGACAACAAUGUAAAGUGGAUCAGCUUGUAUAAUGAGAUGAAAUUGAGAACAUUUUCAUCAAUUUUCUGUCAAAAGUUUCCAAAUCUUGAAGUUGUAAGGGCAAAUGAGGUUGAACUGGAAUCAAUUGAUGAAAAUUCUUUACUUUACUGCCCAAAUUUGGAUCAUCUGCUGCUUGAUAACAAUAAACUUCGUGCAGUUCCUGAAUAUUUGCUGAUUCGAAACUCAAAGUUGACUUUAUUAUGGCUGCAAAGUAAUCAAUUGACUUCAUUGCCACAAAAUUUAUUCGCGAAUCAAGGACGUCUUGAGGCACUGGACUUGAGCGAUAAUCAAAUUAAUUUCUUACCAAGCAACAUUUUCUAUCCACUUGUGAGGCUUUUAUCACUUCAAUUGUACAACAAUCAGCUGCAGUCAAUAGAUCCUCAAUGGUUUGUGAAUCUACAGAAUUUAAGGAGGUUGGGCUUGGAUGGCAAUCAAAUUUUGGAAAUUCCAUCGAAAUGCUUUGCAGCAUUAAAGAACUUAGAGCUGUUAUUUAUGUAUGAAAAUGGAAUUAAAGUUCUCAAAUCAGACAGCUUUGCUGGACUUCUGAAUUUACAAGUGCUAAACCUGCGCGGCAAUGACAUAUCCGAACUUCCAACUGGUGUCUUUGCUCCACUAAGGAAUUUAAAAGAGACAAGUUUGGAUAAUAAUAAAUUGACAAUAAUCCAUUCAGCAUCAUUUGGUGUUCACAGUCGUCUGGCAAAAGUUUAUCUUGGAAAUAACAGAAUUAAUGCAAUAGAUCCAAAAUUCAUCGACAAUACAGCAGUCAGUCUCAUUAAUAUGGAAAAUAAUAUUUGUAGUCAAUUGCAUUGCGAAACUAGAAAUGAAAUUCUUUCAUAUUUAAAGAGAUGCUUCAGCAACUAUCAAUUUGGAACUCAACCGCAGACCAACAAUCCAUCUCCAGUAAUAAUUCAAACAGCUAAUACAAAUCUUGCAUGUGGACGAACUAAAAAUGGACGUGGCAACAUCAUUGGAGGAGCUCGGAUCAAUAGUGGUGACAAUCCUUGAGUUAUCCUUGAAGACAUCAUGUUAAGAGGAAGAAUUAACACCAACAAAAACGUUAAGCAUGAAAAAGAAGUUCAAAGUUUGAUAGUUAUUCCACUGACUAGCAAUUUAUGUCCAGCAAAGAAUUGUAAACUAGAAAAUAAAGAGGAAAACGUUGAAAAUCAAUCUGAAGACUUUAGCAACGAUGAAGAUGUUGAUAACAACUUGGAUGAGGCACCUGAGCCAAUGUUACAGUCAGUGGUAGUUUCACACAAUCUCAAAUCUGCAUCAACAUCUCUGCUCAGCAAUCCAGAUGAUCCAAUUGAUCAAAAUAAGGAUGAAACUAUCAAAAAUGACAAGAAACUUACUCCAAAUUACAUCACAAACCACAAAACAAGGUCAGUUAAACAUGAAACUGAAGCAGAGUACACAAUAACGUUAAAGAAUAGGCCAGCUUCAUCUAAACACAAUGAUUUGAUCAUAAUCGGUGAUUCCUCAGAUGAAGUUGAGCUAGACAAUCAUGAGCUUAAGCCAAAAGCAGCUAAAUCAACAAUAAAACCUAAAAAUAACCUCAAAAUUACUUCAAAACAUCCAAAAGUCAACAAACCUCAAUCAACAUCCAAACCCAUUCGAUCAGCAAUGCGUAAACCAACAUGGCGAUUCAUGAAAUCAAGAAAAAAUCGAAGAAUUGAAUGUAAAAUCUGUCAAGCUAUGCUUACACCUAUGUCAAUGAAAGAGCAUGUUCGAGAUUAUCAUGCUGUUGGACGGAAGUUCAGCUGCAGCAAAUGUUUGAUGACAUUUAAAGCUAAAAAGGAUGUUAGAAGACACGAAAAGGUUCAUUUGAAGAAGUUUAAAUGCAAAAAAUGUCCAAAAAAGUUCCGACUACAAUACGACUUAAAUAAGCACAUUGAGCAGUUCCAUGACAAUCCAAGACGCUUCGAAUGCGAUUAUUGUGGAAUGAAAUUUUAUGAAAAAGUUGUCAUCAAGAGACACGUUUGGCUUCAUGCUGGGAUACCAAAGGUAAAGUACUUAAAAUGUCAAAAAUGUGACUUUGCAUCAGCUGAUAAGCAGCAAUUCACAAAACAUUUGACGUGUCAUCAACGAAUUGAUUCGUUUUGGAAAAGUGUGAAUAAUAAACUUGAAUGCAGGAUAUGCUCACAAGUUUUUGGCAAUUUUGUAUUCUUUUCGAGGCAUUAUAAAUGCAAGCAUCGAGUUUAUAGUUGUGAUUAUUGUGACAAAAAAUACAAAGCUGUAGCUUAUUUGAUAAAUCAUGUUAAAAAGUGUUGUAGGCUUGCUAAGGGAUUUGGAGGUUCUAAACAAAAAGGCUCUGCUAAUAAAUGA